CCAUGUCAUGUUACCUGCUGUUGAGAUCCUGGCUGAUCCUAGGGAGUUGUUGAUUUCUAUUGCCAGAUCAUGUCCAAGAUCUGUUUGUACAACUCCCUCCAUGGCUCCUUAAUGCAUGCUACUGGCCAUGGGGAACUAUGGAUGGACUGAGACAGCACUUCGAAGUUUUCCCAGUAUGGCUGGAGGUGCACCACCAAUGAAAAUGAUUACUCAACAAAAACCCUUAUGGGGAACUGGAAUGAAGAACGAUACGAUAUCCAGAGAAUCGUGCAGCCCAAGCCACUUCCUUCCCAGGAUUUGAACAAGAACCUAAUUGGUUUCCAGGCCACCACCCUGAGUUGAAACAUCCUUCGUUCAACCCAGCUGCUCAGUCCUGCUACACAAUAGACUACAAGCCUCCAUAUGGCAGCAUUUUCUUUGCUUGUGUCCAACACUCAGAGAAGGAACAAGAAGGAUGCAGGAAAAGCAAUAGAGAUGGAAAGAAUCUGCAGACUAUG